GAAGUCAAAAUCAUGGGCAAGGGCAACGUCUACUGCUGGUAUGUAUGCUUGGUGGCAGCACUUUGCAUGUCCUCUAGGGCUACGAUGCUUCCACCUUCAAUGCCGUCCAAGGCUCGGACAACUGGGUCAACUACUUCACCAGCCCGACCCAAAUGUCGUUGGAUCUGUCACUACCGCAUAUGCAGUCGGCAGUAUUCUUGCCGGAUUCUUCCUCUGCGGUCCUGUCUCCGAUCGUUUCGGACGCAAGAUUGCCAUGGUGACCGGCUGCGUCUUUGUCAUCAUCGCAACGUUCGUAUCAUGCUUCACUCCAAGAAGUAUUGGAGGCUACAUCGCCGGUCGUGCCAUCGUUGGUAUUGGUCAAGGCUUUGCACUGCCAGCUGGUCCUACAUAUAUCAAUGAAAUCGCUCCCUACGAGAGUCGUGGAAAGAUCAUGAGUUUCUGGUAA